UCGAUGCCAGCUUCCUCUCUCACCCCUAGUACAUGAGUUCUUCCUCUGCCCAACCACACUCUCGUGGCCAUCUUCUCCAUGAGCUGCUGCACCAGGUAUCCGAGUCUGAACUUGACUGGUUCUUCGAGCACGCUCUCCCUCCCCUCCACCCCCGUAUCAACCUCACCAGAACUUAUUUCAGGCUCAAGAAGAAUGCUAUCAAUAAAGGCGGAUACUGGUCGGUCUGGAGCUAUUACCCCGUCUCGGCCGGGGCCGGUGGGGAGAACGGCUUGUAUGGAAAGUUCGACACACUCGCCGAAAAAAUCUGUGGUGCAUGCAAUAUCACCGACGUCCCUCGCAAUGUCAAAUUCAUCUGCAUCCCCGACCGGUCUCCAGAGUCUAGGACGCGGCCGAAUACCUCCAAGCCCGACUGUGUCGCUCUCCGUGCAGACGCCAAGUGCAUGACCUCUGGCCUCGAACGGCCUCGUAGAUUGAAGAAGCUGAGGUGGCUCGACAUCGCAGUCCCUUCCGAGUUUAAGCUCAAUGCUACGAACCCGCAGUAUGCACGUGAUAACCGGGCAAAAAUUCUGUGGUCAUUAGCGUACAUCAUGCGCGAGGAUCCCCGCCGGCGGUUUGUUUACGGUUUUACCAUCGAAGACGUAAAUAUGCGUUUGUGGUUCUGCAGCCGGUCAGACGUCAUUGUCUCAAAGCCGUUCGAUUUCAUGAAGAACCACGUUGCCACCAUGAACUUUAUCCUUAGCAUCUGCUAUGCUAGUUACGCUCAACUCGGCUGGGACGAAACCAUCACUUUCGUCAAGCGGACCUCACGAAAACCAUAUUCCUUCCUCAAGAUUGCUGUCAGAAACUUAGAUGGCACGGCGACGUAUUACCAUACGAAGAGGGUUAUCUCCAACAUAGGAACCGAUGCAGUCAGAGGACGUGGCACUCGUGUCUGGGAGGUCAGGAGGUUAGACGACAGGGGAAAGGAGCUUCCAACGCCGCUUGUGCUCAGAGAUGGCUGGCGAGAUGCAGACCGCCCGAGCGAAGGAACUAUCUUGAAUGCCAUACGCGGCAAUACCGACCUCAGCGAAGACAUUCACGAGCUUCUGGAACAGCACUUCCUGCAUGUUGAGGCUGAAGGCAAUGUUUACGUUGGGGACAUUCCAGAUCACACCCGCGACGUCAUGCUGAAAGGGCAGGCACUACCAGAGCAGCAUGGCAUGCCGCAGGUACCUGCAGAACUCAACGACCGGAUCACGGUCGCCGCUGACUUUCAGGUACGACUCGGAAGCGCAACAGCGCCAGAAAGGCCAGAACUGGAGACACCUCCAUUGUACAGUGGAAAGGUGCAUUAUCGCGUUGUGUACAGGGAGCUCGGAAAGACCCUCCGAGAGGUCAGUUCUAUGAGUGAGGCCUUCGGUCAUCUCUCGGGUGUCAUCGAAGGAAUUGCCGCUCUCUACGAGUGCGGCUGGAUUCACCGCAACAUCAGCAUCGACAAUGUGCUAGUCAUCGAUGGACAAGUCAAGAUCUCAGACCUCGAGUAUGCUAAGCCACUGGAAGACGACCAGCAGCCACACGGCAUCCGUACAGGAUCUAUCUUCUUCGUGUCGACUGAAGUUGAAAACCACCGGUAUCUACACCGUAACGCUCUCCGCGUUGACAAAAUACCAGUGCUUGACGGCAACUGGAUGAACAAGAAGCGCAAACAGGACCUGCAGCGUCUACUCUCUCGCACUCCGCCGCCGCCGGUGCCUUCUGUGAAGAUCGUCAUUCCCUUCCGGCACAACGUUCUCCAUGAUGCAGAGUCUGCACUCUGGCUGGGCUUUUAUGUCGUACUGACCAUCCCACCGGGGCUUCAAGCGAUCCAGCGGCCGGACAACGGCAAUACCUAUCCCACGAAGAAGAGGAAGACACAAAACGCUCCCCCAACAUCCGCCGCUUCGGCCUCCACCCCUGCUGUCACUGUCGGGUCUCCUGUCGCAUCCACCUCUACAGCGUCUGCCUCCGUCGCUGUAACACGCACACCGAGAGCGUCCGCGUCAAAGGCAUCCUCUUCCGCGGCCACUAGUUCUAAGGCGUUCAGCUCGGUCCGUUGA